AGUGAGUGUCAGGUGUCGCCGCGAGCUCUCAACGCGUAGAGGUCCCGGACGCAAGGGACGGAACAGACAGUUCGCAAACGCUGGGGGCACCGCUCAUUGGGCAAGAGCUAGAGGCGUGUCCCGGACUGCGCGGUGAUUGGGCGCAGGCCCAGCAGAGGCGGCACCUGCAGGGCGAUUGGGCACGGGGACCCAGCUCGAGCAGGGAUUGGGCGAGGGGACGCGGCGGCGGCGGCGGCGGCGCGAGAUCCGAGGGAGGCCAAGGGCGGGCUGCAUGGGUCGGCGGCGGCGCUGCCGGGUGGGCCCGGACGACGCGACCCGGGCCUUGCCCGAGGCCAUCGCCGCGCUGAGUCGGACGCUGCCCGCUGGGCCCAGCCCCGAGACCUUCCGCCGCGCCAAGUUCGACUCUCCGGAAGCGGCUCCCGCGCUCUGGCGGCUGCUCUUCCGCGUGCUCUCGCCGGGACCGCCAGACGGCGCCUCGGCCUCACUCUCUCUGGAGGCCCAGGCCCGCUCGGUGAAGUCAGCGCUGCGCUCCCAGGGCUACCCUAGCCAGGCGCUGGCACAGCUCCCGGACAACGGCUCCCAGGGCAGCCGCCAGCUACUGCUGGCCCUGGCCUGGCUCCUGGCCCGCGGGCCCCUGCUUGAGCAGCUGCUGGCCCAGAGCCGCGUGCGGCUGGGUGAUGAGAUGCCUGUGUGCGAGUGUGAGGCCCUGGCCAGCCCUGGCCCGCCUGCUCCCGGGAUGGGAGAAGCCGGCCACGUGGACAUCCGUCACCUGCAGUGGCUGAUGGGGAAGCUGCGGUUCCGGUGGCGAAAUCUGAUGGCCAGUCAGCAGGAGCAGUGUGCCCUCCUGGGCCAGAUCCACUUAUACACCCGUGGCUGCCACAGCGACCGCAGUCUUGGCCACCUGUCUGUCACUGAAACGGAGCUGCUCAGGGACCCGGAGGGUGGCCGGCAGUUGCUGCGGAGGCUGGAGAGCGAGAACGCGCGUCUGGAGGCCGCCCUGGAGUGGCGGCGCCGGGAGCAGGUCUUCUGGCAGUGGAUGGACACGGUCCUGGGUGCCUCACAGCCCACGUUUCUGCCCAGGAGCCCCGAGCCAGGGGCUCGAGAGUUGGAGCCGGUGGCACGGGAGCUGCAGGCUCUGUGGGAGCAGCUGCAGGAAGCCGUGGAGGCCCGGCGGGCGGCCUGGGAGGCCAGGCAUCCUCAAUUGCAGGUUGGAGACCGUGGGCCAGCGUGGAGUGCCGCGAGGCGGGCCCUGGACGAGGUGGUAGGACGGGACCUGGCUGCUCUACAGCGGGCUUGGGAGCCAGGCGGGGGCCUGACCCAGCCCCAUGGGCCCCGCCGGUUGGUGAGGACGGAGGCCAGGGCGCCUGGGGGCCCGGGCCUGCGGGCCUCUGAGGUGAUCGAGGCACUAAGGACCCAGGAGGCCCACUUGGAGGUGGUGCUGCGCCAGCUGCAGGGCCACUGUCGGCAGGAGCUGGCCAGGCUGGCGAGAGCCCUGCCCGGCCUCAUCUGGAUCCCGCCACCUGGACGCUGAGGGCGGCCGACUGCAGGCUGCGUGGCCUCGGCCUACACGGACACACAGCCCGAGGUGCCCUCACUCUGAGCCCUCGGGCUUCCCCCACUUUGGGCGGAGGCAGCACGGGCUGUGCCGCCGAGGAGCUCUUGGCAGGCUCACUGCGGCGGCCGUGGGCGUUCAGGAUCCAGAGAGGCCCCACAAGUAGAUGUCCCUCUGCCACCCUGCCAGCUCUCUGCUCUGGGAGGGGCCGCUCCCCUCAGGCCCAGGGGAGGGGCCCCGGGGCAGCGCAGGCUCACUGGGCCAGGUGGGGGCUGCCCACGGCUGGAGGGCCUGGCAGGGCCGGCAGCGCAGGGAGGGCAUCAGGGCCCUGGGGCAGGAGAUGGCUUGGCUGUGACCUUGAACUCACCCUGGGCCAGCCCUGUGCCUGCAGUGUGUGUGUUUGUGUGUGUGUGUGUGGUCUGCGGUGUGCGUAUGG